AACGCUCCCAAAAUGACACCUGAAGUCGCCUAUUGAGCAAAAUAGAGUUAAUAUAAAUUCUGAAGUAAAUACAUUGUAAAAACCAGCACCUAAAGGCUUGAGAAAGUUAUAAAAUGACAUGGAUAAAUGUAAAUAAUAUUGAUUCAUACAUAAAUUAAACGUUGAUUGGUGACAACUGCUCUUCCUUGUACAAGAAAAUGUCAUUUCGUUACCUUAACCAUCUUUGAAAAAGACUAUGCAAUUUAAUCACUUAUGUUAUCUAUAUGAAACUUAGUAUAUAGCCCUUGACUUUUUGUCAAGUAAUGGUUUAGAUAUCAGUCAAAGUUACGUAAUGUUUUAUAGGUAUAGAUGGCUACUUGCAUGAAUAUUCAAGCGGAGAUAUACUUGCCAAUGAAUAUAUAAUCCUUUUUAUCUUACCUAAUUCUAACUCGAUGACGAUGCACGAUGGAGUACAUAAGUUUUUUAGUUAUGGCUAUCAUUCUUUCAUCAACUUCAGUUUCGUCCGUAGAUUUUACCAUUUCUAGGGAAAAGGUUUUGAUAAGUAGUACAGGGACUUUGACAAUGUCUUGUGAAAUCACUGAAACAGAUGUCGAUAUUACUUACCUCAUACAGAUACGAAGACUUAAAUCAACCACACUUUCUGGAUCAGAUCCUAAUGAUUGGCAGACAUUAACAUUAAUGGAAGCAGGACUUAAUGAAACUCCAACAUUAGGAGAAGAUAUUGUAGCUGUAGCAGGUACUAAAGACUUUGUUGCUGGAGGAUCAUGGAAUUCUACAACACCUGCUAACACGUAUCUUACAUUGUCUAUGAACAUGGAGAAGUUAGUUUGCGAUGAUGCCAGGUAUUAUAGAUGUGAAUUGACAUAUAAAAGCUCCACAACAACGGCUGAAGCAUCAGUUGCAAAAAAUGCAACAUUCUUAGCUUUUGUAAAACCCAAAGUGACUUCACUGAUUGCAAGGAAGAAUGGUUUUAUUGUACAAGGGUCAUCAUCAAAUGAAGUUGCCCCGUUUAAAGUUGGAGACGGACUGGAACUCAGCUGUACCUCUAAUAUAGGCAGCCUCUCAAGCACGAUUAUCAAAUGGCAGAGAACAUCAGAAACAGCAUCAAAUGAUGAAUUUAUUGAGUACCAACCAGCGCCUGGUACAUUCAAUGAUGGCACAGCAACUAGCGACAAUCAAUGUGGGUAUAUCAGAGUGGCGACCAUAAAAUACAACGCAACAACUGCUGAUGCCAGUAGAGAAAACCAUCUUGCAUUUGAGUGUUAUGUUACUGUAAGUGGAGAUCCUUAUGGGACAUCAUAUAUAUCGGAAAACAAUCCAAGAUAUUAUGCUGAUGUCACGGAAUCAUCGUGGAAUGAUGGAACAAGAACUUCAGCAAUCAGUCUAACAUUAUUGGCCUGUAUAAGCAUUUGUGCGAUCUUGGCAAAUGGCAUUUAAACUUUGCUGUACAAACUCAAAUAGUGCAAAAUAUAUUUGGAAUAAGUUGAAAAACCACAUUAUCUGAAAUAACAGUGGUAUAAUAUGAUUGACAGAUUGAAGUCAGAGAAAGAUUAAUAGUUCAUUGCUGAAAGAAAAACAAAUGCUAUAUAGUGUCAAAACUACUUUUGGUAUGUUUUGAACAGAUUUACUAAAUUAAGAUAUACAAUAUUUUGUUUUGUUUACUAUAGUAUUUCUUGUCAACAA